ACUGUGCGACUUUACGCGUGUCUUCUAGGCACAUAUACCUCGUGUGGAACUUAUGGGGUUUGUAGUAUGGCAGAGUCUGAGAAACCCGUACAGCAGCCACCCGCACAGACACAGCCCAGUUCCUUGUCUUGUGUGGAGCUGCCCUCGUUUGCUGAUGCUUGCCGCUUGGUAAACAGCAAGUAUUCGUGCCUGGUGGUAGAGACGCACCGUAGACACCUGGCGCUGUCACCGAAAUAUUUAAAGAAGAAGCGGAGUGGGAUCCAGGAGCAGCUCAACACCGAGCUCCUGAAGUAUAAUGUGGGGCUGGAGGGAGUACCAGUUGCUUAUGACAAUAUUAAACUUGUGGGUGAGUUGGGCGAUAUCUAUGAUGAUCUUGGACAUAUACAUAUAAAUGUUGAAGCAGACUUUGUUAUCUUCAGGCCAGACUAUGGGCAGAAACUUGUGGGCGUGGUCAACAAAGUAGCUCCCAGUCAUAUAGGCUGUCUGGUACAUGGCUGUUUUAAUGCUUCCAUACCAAAACCUUUUAAAAUGCCUAUUGAAGUCUGGCAGCAUAUUGAUGUAAAGAUGGAUGAUCAACUAGAAUUUGACGUUUUCCAUCUAGAUUCAGAUGCUAUAGGUGUGUUUUGCAUUCGUGGCAAUCUGGACAAGAGUAUGGAAAACAAAGCAGUCGAAGCAUUACAAGAGGCAAAUGCAAAUCAAAGUGAGAAUCCGUCUGACAAUACAGAGAUUGUGACAGAGGAUACAAGUGUGCAAUCCACAACUGAGACAAAUGAAAAACCUAAGAAAAAGAGCAAAAAAAGAAAAUACCAGGACACACUUGUUAAAUGUGAACUGGAAAUAGGAAGUUCAACUAGUGAAGUUAAUGCUGCUGAAGAAAGUUUGGUUCUUGAAAGCUCAAGUGAAUUCAAGAGUGAAGUGCCACAGAAAAAGCGUAAAAAGCAGAAACACCAGGAUAAACUUGCACUAAACAAUCCGUCUGAUGCUGAUGAUGUUGAAGAAAAUAGUGUUCUUUUGGUUGAUGAUAAAUCUUUACUUCAGGUAAAAAAGUCCAAAAAAAAGAAGCACCGGGAACUUAAUGAUUCAAGUCUUGAUCAAAGCCUACAAAAUGGGAUUACAAACAAUGAAAGUCUUGCAGAAGUGAGUGGCUUUGAACCAUUAAGUGAUUCUGAAACGGGAAAUUCUUUGGAAAAUACAAAAAAAAAAAAACAUAAAAAAAAACACAAAGAUCCCAUUGUCCAAGAUCCUGAUAAGGGAAUAGAUGAAUCAGUUUUUAUAGAGCAUGCUGAUGAAAGUCUUAUUUCUCAGGAUCCGCCAAAGAAAAAAAAACAUAAAAGGAAGUGCCAAGAGCGCUUAAUAAUAGGAAGUGAUUCCAGUGGUUAUCAGAGUGACAGUAAAAUUAGACCGUCUAAGAUGCAGUUUUCAGGACAGGGUGAGCAUCCUUCAUUGAUUGCCGUGGAACAAAAAAGGAAACGGACAACCUAAAAUGAGAAGAUAUCUUUUAAUAGAGUAAAAUCCUAUUUUCAUAAUGAUUUAUUAAGAUUUUAUGUGCGGCAGAUCAACACUUGUAAAUUAAAACCCUGGUCGUCUUAUUAAUAAAAAAUAUUUGUGUACGAAAAA